GCCAGACCAGCCUGCGCGAGGAAGUUGGGAGCAAACCCCGCGCAUGCGCCGUGCUCCCCUCCCACCCUGGCUUGGAACGUUCCACGCAUGCCCCUAAAUAGCCGACUCGCAGCUUUCUAGUUCCCGCCCAGCAGGCUCCGCCCCUUGACUGUCAAAGCGGCCGCGGGGCAUUGUGGGAGCGGCUGAGGCGGUAAAAUGGCGGAUCUGGCAAACGAAGAAAAACCUGCUAUAGCACCUCCUGUGUUUGUGUUUCAAAAGGAUAAGGGUCCUAAGAGAUCUGCUGAUGGUUCCAGUCCAGAGCAAGGUGAAGAUUCUGACAGAGAAGAUGGAAGCUACUGCCCCCCAGUCAAACGAGAACGUACCUCAUCCUUUUCACAGUUCCCGCCUUCUCAGUCUGUAACGAAGAACAAUGUAUUUAUGCCAUCCAGUUUUUGCCAGCCUUCUACUGGUAAUUCUGAUUCAGAGCCAGAGGAAAAAUGUGGUGGAUUCAGACUAAAACCCCCAACUCUAAUUCAUGGCCAGGCCCCCAGUGCAGGACUCCCAAGUCAGAAACCGAAAGAGCUGCAACGUAGUGUUUUGCGUCCAGCAGUAUUACAACCUCCACAGCCCAAGAAUUUUUCAACAUCUUGUUUUAGCAGUGGAACUAAUGGCAUCAGUGUGUCCUCCGAAGUAUGUGGCUCCUCCUUGGGUGAUGCAAUUUGCAGUCAAGCUUCAUGUGAUAUUGUAGCGGAUGCUGAGAAAGGUACCAACAAUCAAACAGAGUCCUGCAGUGUUAAAGAUGGCAGUGAGGGCUCUGAGAAGGGCGACCAGAAUUCACAGCAGUCUUUUGUGUUUGGUCAGAACCUGCGGGACAGGGUGAAAUUGGGAGGGGAGGGCAAAAGUUCAGUUGAUGGGGAGAACACAGGACCACAAAAUGCAGAUGCUCCAGCACAGACAAACUACUUCCUCCAGUACAUCAGUUCAAGCCUAGAAAAUUCUGCACAAAAGGCUGAGGCAGCAAGCAACAAGUUUGUUUUUGGACAGAAUAUGAUAGAGAGAGUUUUGAGUCCACCCAAGGCCGAAGCCAAUUCAGACAGCAACAAGGAAAAUGCAAUUUUGGAAUCUGGAUCCGAUAAUUCUUCACUGGAAAAUACUCCAGAAAAAUCUAAUAACAUUUCUGAAUCACUGGCGGAAUCUGCAGCUGCUUAUACGAAGGCCACAGCAAAGAGAUGCUUACUUGAGAAAGUGGAGGUGAUAACUGGGGAAGAGUCGGAGAGUAAUGUAUUGCAGAUCCAGUGCAAGCUGUUCGUAUUUGAUAAAGUGUCUCAAUCCUGGGUAGAAAGAGGUCGAGGUCUGCUGCGUCUUAAUGACAUGGCCUCCACUGAGGAUGGCACAUUACAGUCCAGGCUUGUAAUGCGCACCCAAGGUAGUCUGCGGCUUAUCCUCAACACCAAACUAUGGGCCCAGAUGCAGAUCGACAAAGCAAGUGAAAAGAGCAUCCGGAUAACUGCAAUGGAUACAGAGGACCAAGGGGUCAAAGUCUUUUUAAUUUCGGCCAGUUCUAAAGAUACAGGGCAGCUUUUCGCUGCAUUGCAUCACCGCAUUCUUGCUCUUAGGAGUCGUGCAGAGCAGGAACUGGAGAUUAAGUGCCCUGACCCAGUGGGGGAGGUCACUCAGUCCAAUGAGGAGGACAGUGAUGAUGAUGUUCUUACGCCAACAGGAACAGCUGCUGGAGUACCCAGUGACGAAGGAGACAAGCCACCUGCUUCCAGUACAUAGCAGCCAACUACAUUGAAACUACUCCCACUUUACUGGGCAACAGUCCACGGCUCCUUGUUGCUUUUAUGCCUUCUGGAGCAUUGAAGAUCAACUCCUAAUAUUGAGGCAGGGUUGCGGACAGACUUUUCACCUAAUGCCAGGAACUGUUUAAUCUUUUUGUUCAUGUUAAAACAGAAAAAAAAUACUUUUGGGCUCCCUUCAAAUUUAAUAUUUUUUUGUAUUUUUUUUUAAUUUUUUCCAUAUUUUUUUUGGAGGGUCAUCCGGUCUUAAUCAAACAGCGUUAUUGAACACCAAAUGGGAUGUCAGAGAAUAUAAAAUGCUCAUCAUAUUGAUGAGGCAACAGAAAAGAAAAUUAUAUAUUUUCCACACCCCUCCUCCCCCCAUUUUUAGUGAGAGCAGUGCAAUCUGGAGUCGUCUAUCAACAAUGUUCUUUUUAUAAGUUGAGUUGUUACUUUGCUUGACAGCCCACAAAAAAAAAAGUUUGUACAUAUUACUCUCUGCCAUUUAGUUGCUUUUAUUUUUGGAUUCCAAUAUCGUGCCCGAGCUACAGUCAUCGAAACACUUACAGUACUUUUCCCUUCUUUCCUGUUUUUUUUUUUUUUUUUUUUAACCCCCCCAAAAAAUAAUCUGCAGGUGGUUUGGUGGUUGCCACUUUUGCAUUGAAGUUAAUUUUCCAGAAACAACUUUUUUUUUUUGCGGUGCUCUAGAAAUAGGAGCCUUCUCCCUUUCAAAGACUGAGACCAAUUGGUCAUAAACUGAAUAUUCCUACUUCCAGUGCUCCCCACUUUUUUUCCCCCUCCCCUGUCUAUCAUUGUAAUGUUGUGUUUAAAAUUAUAUAUUUUUUUUUUCUUAUGUUUGGCAUAAUAUGCGUUUGUGUGCUGACAAAUGUGAUUUAUUUUUUGUUUUUUGUAUCCAUAUUUAAGGGAAAAUGUUAAGGAAAUCUGUAUCAUUGUUUUCUUUAGUAUUUUCUACUUUCAUUUUCUUCUAACAUGAUUACUGUGCUGCCCUUAAUGCUCUCAGCCCAGAGAAUAAAGCUGUGGCUUUUUUUUUUUUUUUUUUUAAAGGAGUAGUAAUGGUGAUAUCUUUGUAUAGAUUCUAUAAAGCAUGCACAUUCAGCUUUUCUAAUGGUAUUUGUGGUUGCAGCAUAGUACAUUGGCUUUCUAUUAAUAUUUCAGUCAGGUUUUACUCCAGGUUACAGUCUCUAAAUCAGUCUGGGGUUAGGAAGUACCAAACCUCCAGCUGUAAGACUAACUCCUAUUUAACUUCGUGACAUCUAAAACAUUGCAACUCUUGCCAAUGACCAUCUUUUUUUUUUUUCUGUGUCAUGGUGGAUCUGGUAACCCCAUAUGGAAGUCCUUGAAAGUAAUUCUGGGUGCUAUCCUUCAUUGGCAAACAUUUGUUAAGAAUUGUAGAACUGUAUUUUAGUAUCAAAUAUAUUGGAUACAUUUUAGAAAACUCAAGGAUAUACAGUUUUUUUUUUUUUUUGUUUUUUUUUGUGGUUUUAUGCUCACCAAGCUCUAGGUUUUUACAUUAGAACAGCUGGAGGUGUGGAUUUUGACUACUUUUCUAACGCACAGGUUGCAGUGUUCUGUUAUAAUAUAUGGGCAGCCUUUCCAAGUCUGUGGUAUGGCUGCCUGACUCUUCAGAGUUUUACAGAUGACACUUUAAAGUGUGUGCUUUCAUGUAAAACACUUUUUGUUGCCAUUACUGCUUUUUUAAAUUUGAUACAGUAUCUGUUUUGUUUGCUAAAAGCAAAUGUGUAUACAAGCAUGCUCUACACUACUAACUGCAGCCCCUGCUGCUUCUGUAGUUGAACCGUUUACAGUACAUUGAUGCAGGGAUUGGGAUCAGUUAACUUUAGAAUUACUCAUAUUCAUAAAUAAUGUGUGUGGAGUUUAAAAUAAUAAAAAAAAAAAAAUGCCCCACACACUGCUGCUUGAAACCUGAUCCCAGUUUAUCACCUCUAAGAGAGUUCUUGCAGAAUUUGUCCUCUUGAAAACCUCAAAUUAAAACAAUGCAUUUCUCCAUUACUCAAUCAUUGCCUCCUCUGUGGAACAUCCUGGAUAUGGAUCCUCCUGGUAUGGCAAGCAGAAGACUGCCAUCUGACAAAGCAGCCUGUUAAUACAUAUUAACCAUUGUGUAAUUCUUUAAGAGUUGAAACUUUGGACUCUGAAUCCAUGCUAGUUUAUUUUUGAAGGGUCAUCCAGGUCAUUCAUUAAAUUCUAAUUCCAUAAUUGAUGGAUGUUUGGAUGAUUUACCCCAAACU